CCCGCGCAUCAUACCCCCUCAAGGUCAGUCACAUGCGUAAGCGUAGCGUGAGCUUGCAGCUGAAGGUCACGUAUCGCAGUUCGAGCCGCGCCGCAUCCUUAGAGAGUCGUGUAUGACGGAAAGUAUUCUGAAAGGCCUCCCAGGGCUGCCCGCCGUCAGAGCUUUGAUACCAGCCUUCGUAUUUUUUGCUUCGUGUGUCUACCUGGCGUUACGCAGAUCCAAAUCUUCAGGUUCAACCAGCGGUGAUGCACCUACCACCCAGAGUCCUACUACGGCAGAGUUUGACACUUCGAAUAUUCGGGUGACCAAGAUUCUCAUCCAUCCAAUCAAGAGUUGCAAAGGAACCCCAGUGCAACAGGCCAGAUACACGUUAGAAGGAUUUGAGUACGACAGAAGAUGGUGCAUCAUUCAUGCUCACAACAAUUCUGUGGUAACUGCUCGACAGCUCAGCAAGAUGGUGUUGAUUCAUCCUCGGAUUGUCUCGGGUUCUUCCUUAAAGCCAGAACGUCUGGAAGUUUCAUUCCCGGAGAACUCUGGUUGUGAGCCGUUCUCCGUCCCUCUGAACCCUGGGGAAGAAGAGGUCUGCCGUUUACGGAGGGUGGAAGUCUCCCUCUGGAGAAAGAAAGAUAUCGACGGUUACAUCUGCGAAUCUCUAAGUGGUCGAUCGCCAUCUACUAUUCUUUCGGAGUAUCUCGGGUGUUCGGUCCACCUCGUAAUGAAGGGUCCACGCCCACGGUUGUGUCCGCCCACGAGCAGAUUCCCGAAACUGGAUGUACCGUCGUAUUUCCAGGAUGCGUAUCCCUUCCUUAUCAUAUCCGAGGAGAGCGUGGCUGCUGUGCAAGGUAAAGCUAGGGAGAUGAUCGGAUCCCAAGGCGUGGGCGAAGAGUGGACUGAGCGUGAGUUAGAGAUCGAGAGGUUUCGACCAAACAUAGUUAUCAAAGGGGCAGGAGCCCCAUUUGUUGAAGAUAUCAUGACCGAAAUGACCAUUGCAUCUGAGAAACAAGUUGUUGACCGUGCAACGUCACUUGCGCGUUUGGUUUCUAAAUGUACUCGCUGCAUGCUCCCCAAUGUGGAUACCGUGACAGGUGUUCGUGACAACGCCGUGCCGUUCAAGCCUAUGAUGAAGUUUCGGAAGGGACUGGAUCCAGCGCGAGCUGAUGCACCUUGCCUAGGAUGCAACGGAAUUUUCACUAAGGAAGGUGUAAUGAGGGUAGGCGACUGGGUACAUGUCAGGCAGACUGGUGUGGUCUAGCUUCGAUUCUGUAGAUAGUUCGUGUGGCCUUAGGCCAAGCUAGAGGAACAAUGCACUAUGGAUACGAGCCGUUCAUUGAUAUCAGGCAUUUUGUGUCAUAUGGAUGAAUGAUGGGGUUUCACAUCUGCACGUGUGUGGAGAGGGACCUCUGCGGAUUUGGGCAUCGCAAACCUUUCAUAUUAUAGCGGCGACGCCAUCAAUGUAGCAGUGCCUUGGUGACAGCUGCGGAGCACAGGAAUGUUUAGCAAUAGGUGUCAGCUGAGGACGAAGAGCCGCUGGAACUGCUGAGGUUUACUGGCAUGCGCUGAGGGGAACGCCAGGGGUAAUAGUCAGGAACACAACGUCAGCGGACUCGGAUCAGUGCGCAUUGCAGUCUUG